AUGGCUUCGCUCUCCCUCUCCCUUUCCCUUUCCCUCUCCCGCUCCCUACCGGCCAGUGCAACGUCUGCUGCUCUUGCCGCCGAGACGACACCGGCACAGGGCUCGCUCGAGUCCGCCGGUGCGGGCAUAACUGGAGGCUACACGGGCAACUCGGUUCCUCUCAAAAUCAUCAUUGCCUUCUUUCUAGGCCUCGCCCUCUACAAUGCCCUUGAGCUCAUCAUCCUCGCCUUUGUCACCUUCCAGCACUACCAUGGACUUUACUUCUGGUCGCUCGUCAUCAGCGCCUUUGGCAUCAUACCAUAUUCACUGGGCUUCAUCAUCAAGUUCUUCCGUCUGCUCGACCCAAACGCUAAUGUCGGAUAUGUGGCCAUUGUUUUUCUCACCAUCGGCUGGUAUACCAUGGUCACGGGUCAAUCCGUCGUCUUGUGGUCGCGCCUGCACCUCGUCACCAACUCGCGCCGCACCCUCCGCUGGACUCUGUACAUGAUCAUCUGCAAUGGCAUUCUACUGCACUCGAUCACCACGGUUCUGACCUUUGGCUCAAACUCGAAUACCCUCUCGCCCGCUACCUUGGCCCGCUUCGUCCGCGCCUACUCUAUCAUGGAAAAGACACAGAUGUUGGGCUUCUUUUUGCAGGAGACAAUCUUGUCCAUCAUCUACAUCAAAGAGACAAUCAGGCUGCUCAGGCUCUCCCAGUCCGUCCAAGGCGAUACGCGCAGCUUUGAUGACGGCGCCAACAUUGGCCAGCUCAGGCAGGCCAGUGUCCGGAAAACAAUGUACCAGCUUCUCGCCAUCAACGUCUUGAUCAUCAUCCUAGAUCUCGCUCUGCUAUCCAUGGAAUUUGCAAAUCAAUAUCUUAUCCAGACAACGCUCAAGGGUGUCGUAUACUCUGUCAAGUUAAAACUGGAAUUCGCUGUUCUCGGCAAACUGAUCCAGCUUGUGCGCGAUCGCACAGAAUCUGACCCUAGUCUCAAUGCCAAUCCCUUCUCCAGCCCUGCCGCAUACGCCAACCAUCGCAACAACAGCUCCAACUUCCAAAACGUGAAUUGUACCGGGACAUGCACCCUCGAGCGCCGCAACACCCUCACCCUAGAGAAGUCAAGUAGCACCAACACCAGUGCCAACCGCCCAGACACUGCGCGCCGCGCCAACGGGCCCACAAGCAGCCCGCUCAUGUACGACUUUGGCAACCAACAGUACCCUGAUUUUGUGGACCCGCGCCGUCUCAAUUCUAACCUGACGCAUCCUGAGCUGCAGGCAUCUAACAGAGCCGAUCAGGAUGGGUGGGAGACGCGUGAUGAGGCUACAGAGCGGCGCAGUAAGAGGCGCCGGGUCAAGAGGGCGAGUUGGAUUGAUUUGGAAAUGGACAAGUUCAACAUUGAAUGA